GCUCAGGGCGUUUCUGCAAACUUGGUGCCUAGCUCUCGUGUGCUUUGUGAUGACAGCCUCCGCCCUCUACCUGCCCGCUCUCUCUGACCGGGUGCCGCAGUUGCACAAUAUCGUGCAUUCCCUAGAAAAAGAUCGCCACCCGUCUCCCGUGGUCAAGCGGGCAUCUGACCGCGCUUUUGGUUCCUUCUACCGGAUGAUGGCAAGACACAACCGCUACAGAGACGACCAGGUUUUUGUGGAGAAAAUGUUUCGGCUUUUUGACAUGAAUU